AUAUAUUUUUUAUUUUGUAGCAAUAUGAACAAUAAAAGACGAUAUGUAUCACUGGAGCUAACAUUUGAGUAAAUUCAAUAUUUGAUAAAAAAUAACAUUUGGCAGACGCUUUGUUUUUUUUCUGUUGCAAGCGUCUAUGUGACGGUGAAAAAGAUCAGAGUAGGAAUUGCACGUUGAUUUUAUUUUUCCCAGACGCAAACGUCAAGAAAUACAAUGGAUUUGCCCAAACCUCCAGACGAUCCUGAGUUAAAGAAUAUAAUCGACAAGUUGGCCAAUUUUGUUGCGCGAAAUGGGCCGGAGUUUGAGAACAUGACGAAGCAGAAGCAGCAAGACAACCCGAAGUUCUCGUUCCUGUUUGGCGGGGAACAUUAUGCCUACUACCAGUACAAGGUGCAUGCUGAACAAGCCAUCAUCAAUAUCCAGAACAAGAAGAUGCAAGAGCAUGCCCAACAGAUGAUGCACCAGGAACAACAACAACAACAGCAGCAGCAGCCUCCACCGUUGCUAGGGGGCAUGGUGGGCAGUCACUUGGCCACUCCCAUGUCUGGCCCACCCCCUCUCCUUGGCCCACCCCCAAUGUCACAGUGGCAGUCCACUGUCCCACCCCUUCUACCAAACACUGCGGUUGUGUCGGUCACUAUUGAGACUCCAUCACAGGUCCCAAUGCAGACGCCCCAACAGCAGGCGGUGGCCAGUCUACAGCAGCAGAUUGCAAUACAGCAGCAGCAGAUCCAGAACCAGUCUGGCCUCAACGACACGCAGAUCAAGCAGUCCGAGCAGAACCUGGCUGCACAGUACACCAGUCUCAUGCAGCAACAACAGUUCCAGAUAGAGGACACGUUGGAGGCCAUGCGCCAUGAGGAGUUACAGCAGCUAGCUGCAGAGUGCAGCGUCUCCCUUGACGAUCUGAAUGUCACUGUGAAACCCAUCAUAGACUCAUGUACCAAGGACGCCAUACUUAGUGGUAAAAGCUGGAUAUUCCAACACUGCACCAGCGAUGCGCAAACCCAUUUGGUCACAAAGUACUUGCUAAGAAGGAGUAGCUCUGUCGAUAGAUCACUCUGGCCUUAUAAUGGGUCAAAAACUAGGUCAGUUGGUCAAAAUGAAGAAAAGGCUUGAGAACAAUGUUCACAA